AUGGGUGUCGUCAAUGUCGUGAAGACUCUCAGCCAGAGCGGUGGACCGAUUGCUACAGGCUGGCUCGCAGAGAUUGGGAAGUUCUGGGUGGCUUUCUUGAUCGCUGGGGCGAUGAAAGCAAGCUACGACUUGGCGAUGCUGAAGAUGUUCUUGGGCUACAAGAGCCGUGAAGAGGAAGAAGAAGAAAACAAAAGGCAUCACCAGGAAACGGAGAAUGGUACCGCCUGA